GAUGGCGCCUUGCUCACGUGACAGCUAGCUGAAAUAGUCUGGUGCACUGCUUGACGAAGAAAUGAUCAUAUCGUAAUACGUUACAUGGAAGUAAGAAAGACUUCAGCUGUGUUACCACGAUGAGAAAGAAAUCACAACGAUUGUUCACUUAACUGUCAAGCUUUUCACAGAACAACAGGAUUUCUAAUCAAUUGCAAACUCUGUUGCUCAAGGUCACUAUCUGGCUAAUCAAUUACUCUUUCAAACACUUAUCACCACCUGAUGCAUUCACUGGGGCACUUCAAAGACGCCUAAGGAUGGGCAACCGAAUCGCACAUCAGCAUGUGCCGCAGUCCCGUGGAAGACAACCACUUGACGCUAGAGGUUCAAAACCUUUGCAUUAUUCAACACGUUCAACAAAAAAGUACUUGCAACCUCCUUCAGAUACCAUCAAUGAGUAUCUACAGUCUCGGUCUCAACAGUAUCAGACUACUCAAACAGACUUAGACUCUCCAUUUGAACCGUUAGGUUAUCGAGAAGCCUAUGAACACUUACGUGAGCUUGCGGAAAAACGGAUGCGCAAAAACCAUAAAACAACGGAUGCCCACGCAAACACCGCUUACGGCAUAGUUUAUCCCACAUGUGAGAAUUCGCGCACAGUCAAUAGGCCUGUAAAGCGGACGAUACCUGCAGGAUGUGGUCCUCCCCACCAACAGGACCCAUGUCUGUGCACCACCAACGGUCUUGGCGAUAACGCCUCUCGUAGAGCUGGAGAUUCUUGUGUAUCCGAUUCAGAUGACGCGACAAUACAGAUUGAAGAAGAUAACCUGACGACUAAACCGCCGACAGUGAGUCGUCUCACAUCGUCUUUUGAUUUUAUUCCGCAAACCGGAGAUGUUCGUAGUGUGUCGAUGACUUCGACCACAUCUGGAGAAUAUUACAAUCCAAAUGUUUCAGGGGCACGAAAGCAUCGAAGUGCCUGCAGAAACGAUGAUAAGCUGCAUCAAUCCGCUACAAUUGCGCGCAAUCUGCGUACUGUUGGAAGUCCGUUACCCAGGCUCAAGCAACAUGACAAAACAGGAAUAACAGAGAACAGCCUUGCUACCUUAUCAGUUGGGACAAAAAGUGGAGAACCAUGUAGAGUACGCCGCUCGCUUUCUGUGUGUCCCUCUCCAUUCUCCACAGGGACCCGAUUUGUCACACCACAACUUGGUUUUCAAACGGAGCCAAACGGAAUAGUUUCGUACACAGCACUCUUGACAGCUGGUCCUUGUGGAGUGCCUACGGAUGGAUGGUUAAAUGACAUUCGCAAGCGAGCCUAUCGCCACUUAAUUGGAUUGAAUCGUCAGUAUCGCUGUCAGGUCCACUUCGAUCCAGCAGUGAUUCCAUACCGAGGUUUGUAUGUGCACGCUCUGGUAAUUAGUGGGCACUCGCAAUCUGAUCUCAUUCGAUGUCGAAACGCAUUACCAAGCUGCAUUGAAAGAUAUCUCAUCACACCGUACGCGCACCAUGGAACAAUGCUGAGGCAGGCGAGGUAGCCCGUCGGUUUGUAAACUGAACUCCCAGCUUUCAUAUACGCUCGUGAGGCUUCUCCCCAAAGGUGAAUAGCUCGCUUUCCAUCUUCCACUUUCGUCCGCAUACGUUAGGCUGCGCACACGCGAUGGCCUGCUAACAGUUUCCAAACAAGCGGUCUAAAAUUACCACCAGUAAUGAUGGUUUUGGCCAAGCCAAAUGUACUCUUUAUAGAAAGAGCUCAAUACUUUUCUUUCCGA